UAAACGCACUGAGGUGUGUUGGUUCUAGAACGCACUGAGGUUUUAACGGUUGAAAACAACAGAAAGACAAUGUACGAUGAACGAGGCACACAGACAGAUGAUUCAGUACCUGCAAUGCCUUCAGAUGGAGAGGUCGGCACACUGACCAGAGCUGAAACAGGGGACUUGGGUCUGGAAAGUAUCCUAAGGGAGUUUCCCCAGGAAAUCUUCAACCGUUCCUCCCAGCAGGCCACUGGGUCGAUGCCCGGAAACAUUACCUACUGCUGCCCUUUCUCAGAACACUGUUACCUGGCCACACUCACCAAGGGGAACUCGAAUCGCUUCACACGACCCAAGAGCCCCUGGGGUCCCCUUGACCCCUAUGCUACUGAGAACUGGGACAAGGAGUAUGUAGGCUUCGCCACUCUGCCCAAUCAAAUACACAGGAACUCAGUGAAGAAGGGCUUUGAGUUCACUCUGAUGGUUAUAGGAGAAUCUGGUCUGGGUAAAUCCACUCUGGUCAACAGUCUUUUCCUCACAGACCUCUACAAAGACCGGAAGGUUCUGAAUGCAGAGGGGAGGUUGAGCCAGACUGUGGGCAUCACCCAGAAAACAGUGUGUAUCGAGGAAAAGGGAGUGAAGCUCAAACUGAACUUAGUGGACACACAGGGCUACGGAGACACCCUGAACAACCAAUACAGCUAUAAAGGCAUCUCAGACUACAUCGACUGUCAAUUUGAGCAGUACCGCAAGGAAGAGGUCGGCCUAGAAAGGAGACACAUCCGGGAUAACCGAGUCCACUGCUGUCUGUACUUCAUCUCUCCGUUUGGACACGGUCUGCGGCCAUUGGAUGUAGAGUGUAUGCAGGCUCUGCAGGACAAGGUCAACAUCAUCCCUGUCCUGGCCAAAGCGGACUGUCUCACACGUGACGAGGUCAACAAGAAAAAGAACAGGAUCCUAAGUGAGAUUGAUGAAUAUAUGUUGAAGAUCUAUCAGUUCCCAGACUGUGAAUCUGAUGAGGACGAGGAGUUCAGGAGGCAGGACAUAGAGAUCAAGAAGAGUGUUCCGUUUGCGGUGAUUGGCAGUAACAAAGUGGUGGACAUAAACGGCCGCAAGGUCCGUGUCCGUGUCUACCCCUGGGGCGUGGUGGAAGUGGAGAACCCCGAUCACAGUGACUUUGUCCACCUAAGGAACAUGCUGGUGAGGACUCACAUGCAGGACCUGAAGGACAUGACUCAUGACACACACUAUGAGCGGUACAGAUCACAGUGGCUGUAUAAGCACCAACACACUGAUGAGGACAAUGACUUCUGCUAUCCCACAAUCUGACCCAGGAGGAUGUGAAAUACACAAUACACUGUUAUUCAAAUAAAAUCACA